UUGCCGUAACAGCAACAGAAAUGGUUUCUUAGCAACAAAAGGAAGUUUGGAAUAGGACUUGAAGUCACUCAUAUGUGUCGCUGAAGACUACAGAUUUCUUCAAUGGAGGCUAGGAGAUCAGGACCACUGGCUUCUUACUCUGCUCCACCUGAUAUUAAAGAAAAAUGGAAGGCAACCAAUAUAGAGAACACCACAGGUCAAAGCUACAGGGGCAGUAAGCAUAAUUAUGUUCGAGUCUUGAGUAGCAGAAAUAAAAAAUCUCCGGAAGCUGUGGACAUUUGCCAAACAGACAUCAGGAACCUUAUACCAGCUAAUAUCAGACACAAGUAUGGCAGCUCUUUGGUUGAGCAACUGAUUUCUCCAGAGCAGGUAAGAAAGAGCCUGGCAGAUGUUGAGCAGAGAACAAGGAUAAUGCCUAGAUGCACCCUGGCACAUGUCACAUGGCGUAUGGAGGAAUAUCCACAUAGUAUAUAUCAUGAGCUAAGUCACUGCCUCCGCAGUAAUGUCUUUCCAGGGGUGCCCAUAAACCAACACAGCCUGGCACAGGACUCAUACACUGUAGAAGUAAAUCAAAGAGGUAGACGAGAUAAGGGCAACAACCAACACUGGUACGGAAGGAAGACUGAUGACUUAGCUCUUUGGUCACAAAAACUAAUGGAGAGAAAUGCCAUUGCCAAGAUCCUGGAGAGUCAACAGAAACCUUCCCUCAUUUUUCCAUUGCGUAUCCAUCCUACAGUCACCAUGGAUGAUCCUCCACCUCCAAAAGCCAAGACGCCAAAGAGGCACAAACAGGCUAAAGCCAAGAAGCCAAAAGCACCAACUCCUCCAGUUAUACAACCCGAUCAAGAUGACGAUUUCUGGGAUUUCUAUGACAAACCCAUUUCAUGAUCUCUUCUAGCCAUAAAACCCAUGGACCUUUUAUAAAUACAAAAAGCAGAUAGUGAUGUAAUGACUUGGAAGUUCUGCCGUCACUGCUGUUAUAAGACUUGGGAAUGUGUAUGUGUACUGUGUCUAAGAAAUGGUAAUGUAUGCAGGGGCGGACUGACCA